AUGAUCCCUCUGCAGGACACGGAGGACCUCCACCAGCCAUGCCAGAAAAGUCGGGGAGAGGAGUGCAGCCGGUGCAGCAACCUGCAGCCGUUUCCGGCUCAGACAGGCUGUGGAACACUUACUCUUCUGUCUGCUAUUACUGCUGCUGUCAGUGGCCUUCUGAUGGGUUACGAACUCGGAGUUAUCUCUGGAGCUCUUCUUCAGCUAACUAGCAUACUUGCACUUUCAUGCCAACAACAGGAAAUCGUUGUAAGUGCUCUUCUCAUUGGUGCCUUGCUGGCUUCUUUGACUGGUGGAAUCCUGAUAGACAAAUAUGGGAGGCGAGUUACCAUUAUGGUGUCGUCUUGUUUACUUGUGCUGGGCAGUUUGAUCUUGAUACUCUUUGCUUCCUACGGGUUACUUAUAACAGGACGGAUCGCAAUAGGAGUUUCUGUUUCGCUCUCUUCAAUGGCAACAUGUGUAUAUAUCGCUGAGAUUGCGCCACAGCACAGAAGAGGCUUGCUUGUGUCUUUGAAUGAACUCAUGAUAGUGAUGGGGAUCCUUUUUGCCUACAUUUCAAACUAUACCUUUGCUCGUGUUUCCCAUGGCUGGAAGUACAUGUUUGGCCUUGUCAUUCCAUUAGCCAUUUUGCAAGCCAUUGCUUUGUAUUUCCUUUUGCCUAGUCCUCGGUUCCUGGUUAUGAAAGGCUUUGAAGAAGCUGCUAGCAAAGUCCUUGCUAAGCUCAGGACAACUCCAGACACUACUGAAGAACUUGCUAUGAUCAGAUCAUCCCUAAAAGAUGAGCACCAGUAUCGUUUCUUGGACCUCUUCCGCUCCAAAGACAACAUGAGGGCCCGGAUGCUGAUAGGAAUCACUCUUGUGUUCUUUGUACAAAUGACAGGGCAGCCAAACAUCUUAUUUUAUGCAUCAACAGUUCUGAGAUCAGUUGGCUUCCAGAGCAAUGAGGCAGCUAGUUUGGCCUCUACUGGCGUUGGAGUGGUCAAAGUGAUCAGUACAAUCCCAGCCACUCUUUUUGUGGACCACAUAGGAAGCAAGACAUUUCUGUGCAUCGGCUCCUCUCUCAUGUUUGUGUCAUUAGGCACCAUGGGAUUGGUGAUGCUUAAUAUACAUGUGAAUGUCACGACUGUCUGCAGGAACCAGUCCUUGGAAGAUUCGGUGUUCCAUGGAGUGGGAAAACUGCCCUCCACAAAUGAAACGAUUAAGGAGCAACUUGCAGGCAUGGGUUCACCUCGUAGAAAUUCGCAGUGGCGGGCCGGAAUUGCUAGUGCGGAGGAGCAGAACAGGACUGCUCUGGCUGCAGGAAAGGCCUCUGCCACAGGCCAAGCAGAAACCCAGGUGGCAACAGGUGCUCUGGAAGUACAAGCUGCCCUGAAGUGGCUCUCCCUGGCUGGCUUGCUUGUUUACGUUGCUGCUUUCUCCAUUGGACUUGGACCAAUGUCCUGGCUGGUACUAAGUGAAAUAUUUCCUGGAGGGAUCCGAGGAAGAGCAAUUGCUCUAACAUCUAGCGUGAACUGGGGUGUUAAUCUACUCAUUUCCUCAACCUUUCUGACUAUAACAGAUCUAAUUGGGUUACCAUGGAUAUAUUUCAUUUAUGCACUGAUGAGCGUAGCAUCAUUAGCUUUUGUCAUUGUCUUUAUACCUGAGACCAAAGGGUGUUCCUUAGAGCAAAUAUCCAUGAAACUGGCAAAACAAAAACAUGCAAAGUGUACUUUUUGCUGGAUGGACCAACAUAAGGAUCUGCUAAUAGGAUCAACGAUAGAACUUUCUAAAAGAGAAAACCACGGCAGAGGCAGGUUCAUGUAGCCAGUGCUAGAAGAGCGGUCUUUCUCGGAGGGCAAAGCGAGAGAACACUCAAAAAGGGUGCCACUACAGUCAUAUGCUUAUACAGGGCUUAAGCAGUCAUAUACAGGUCUCACUAACAGUGGACCCUUAUACAUGUCUGAAAGUUUUGCACAUUAGAAGCACAGACCACUCGAAUAUCACUUUCUCACUACUGAAAGAGAAACUGAUGUAAUAGUCUUAGAAAUACUGUGCAAAAAACAACAUGCACAUCAGAGAGUUGUGCAUGCUUGGCCUUUAGAGGGCUUAAAAGAAGGGAUGGAGAAUAGGGCAGCAUUCAGUUGUUGUUGGACUGCAACUCCCAUCACACCUAUGCUGUGACUGAUGGGAACUGUAGUCUGAGUACACAUGGAGAGCUAUAUAUUCCGUCUUGGUUCAGUGACUGUUUUCAUCAAGGGUCCUGCAAUUGUAAAGCCUUGCAGUUGUGCAAAAUGCAUGCAGCAUUUUAAAAAAUAGCCCUCAGACCCCUCUUGCACUUAAAAUAGAUGAACCCCUGCACCAUUCCCCAAUGUGAUUAUUCAGAACCAUCACAGCAGCUUCACCCGUUUUCAUUUUGUCCCCAGUGAAUUGGUGAAAAUGGAAGAAUCAAAAUAUUUGGGACAGUGCCAGUUGGCAUUACUUGAACAAGUUUGCUUGAAUGCUAUCCUUUCUCUUCAAGUGUGGCUGUGAGGUUGGAUGUCCUGAUUGGAACAUUUUUGUUACAUCUGGACAAGGAACCAUACUUGUUUAAACUAUGGUUUAUUGAAGCAAGUCAAGAUCCAAAACCACAUUUUGAUUUGAGGCUUGUUUCAAUAAUCACAAUACUUUAAACUAAUCCCUAAUUGUCUUAGUUUCAGUUCACUGAAGUUAGUUUAAACCAGGAACUGGAUGCGUCUUACUUCCCCCUUCUUGCCAUGUCAGUAGAGUAGAAUGGAAGUAAGCGCAUGAGUCCAGGACUUACUGAGUCCUGUUCUUAUCAUUUCUAAACUCUGGUUAAGUGUUAAAGUCCAAAAUAUGCCUCUCACCUAUGUCUUAAAAUACUAUGUAAAUUUCAGACUUUAACCAUUCUGAUUUAGGCUAUGGGUUCUCUAGCAAGUGUAAAGAAAAAUCAACUCUGUUUCAAUAAUGGAGCUAUUAGACAUACUAAGUCUUUUUUUAAAAUGUUGAUUUCAGAACUGUUGCUAGUUUUUUCAACCAUUAAGGUUGAGCCUUUUGCUUUUUUUCUACUCAAAUUAAAAGAAAAACGUAUAGAAGCAAAUCCUCUCACAUGUGAGAGGAUUAGAGCACCUGACCCAUUUAAGGUUGGAUAGAAAUCAGAGGACUGCCUGGGAUCUGACAACGUAACACACACUAAGUGGUUGCAUAAGGGUUAUCAUUCAACAGUGGGUUACUAUUACUACAUUACAGUUAUACCCACGGUGGUCUAUGAGGUUCACCUCUUCACUUUAUCCUCACAAGAAGCCUGUGAGGUAGGUUGGGAUCCAGUGACUGGCCCAAAAUCAUCAAUGGGGCUUCAUAGCUAAGGGGAACUAGAAUACAGAUCUUCCAAGACCCAAUCCAACACUCUUAACCACUAAACCACACUGGAUUUUUCAAUAAUGGGCUUAUCAUGUUGUAUGAGCCUAGCUAUCCUAACAGGACAUGGCUUGUUAACCACAAGCGAUCCAUGAAGAGACCAUGGUUUGUUGUUGGGUUGUCAUCUGAGUUGUUCACCAUAGUUUAUCAUGACAGGGUUCAGGCAGGAUUAACACGUUUCAACAGCAUGGUACAACUAUCAACAUCGAACAAUAGAGUGUGAGUUAUCAUGUUGUCUGAACUCAGCCAGAGUAGAUAUUAGUCUGCUGGGUUUAAACAAUCAUGCUGCUGGGGUCAGAAAACACAAGUCACUAUGCUUUAUUGUGUUGUGAGAACCCAGUUGAUGAAUGCUUGUAAAACAUUUCAAGUUCAAUUAUUUGAUAUGAAGUGGCCCUUGUUGACUGUUCAGCAUCUGUGUUCCCAACAAUUAUGCUAGUCCACAUAAAUUACAGGGAUAUCUGCAUGCAUAAUUUCAUGUGGAAAUUUUCACUUAUCCUGAACAUAGGUUACUUCCCCCUUUUAUGGCAAAGCUGAUUCCCAAUGUUUUAGUUUCUCAGUAAUCCCCUGCUUCUGUCCCUACCUCGAAAUUUGGGGCUAGAAAGGAUGGCAAGAACUGGUUUGUUGCCAAGGAAGUCCAGGUGCCUUGUCAAGAUAGUGGCAAAAUAACCCCAGCCUUGUAGAAAUGCUUCUUCCAUUCUGCAGCUUUUUUGGUUUUGUUCCAUGUCCCACCAUCAAAUGCCUGCUGUCAAGCAGGUAUUACCUGCAUGGACUAGCAAUUUAAUUUUAUGGCAAGU